AUUUUGAAUUGGUCUAGUGCACGUGUCGAAGAAAAACAUAAUGAUUUUUUAAACAAAUUUUGUGCAGCUUUGAUAGAAUUUAGCUUCGAAUGAAAAAAUCGUAGAGCUGUUUCAAUAUGGCGGGAACCGAGCCAUCUUGUCGAUAUCUUAAAACUCGAUUUGAAGAGAAAACCGGAUACGGAUAAAUCAGUUUUACGAAUGGCGAACAAUAUUUUGAAAUACAGCGUGAAAACUGGUCAUCCGCAUUUCCUGAAUCAACUAUUUUCUAGAUCGGAUCAGUAUGGAUUGGUUGGUCAAUGGCUGACAGACACGUUAAAUGUAUCAGUAUAUACGUAUGAGGUGGUACUGGUUCCAACAUUGAUAGCAGGAACUUUUUCGAAUGAAACAGCUAUUAAGGUUGCUAGAUUUUUGUUCAAACCAGAGGUAAAGAUAAGAGGCACGCCCGAUUCUAAUUUGAUAUUUUUUGCAUCUGAAGAGCAAGCUUUUGUAGUGUCGGCGAGGGGAAUGUGGUAUUCGUGAAAACGGAUAAGUUGGGCAGAAUGGACGUUAAGAAUUUAACGGAGAAUAUUGAAAAAGAAUAUAAAACGGAAA